AUGUACCAAAUUGAUCGUAUGAUAGAUAAACACAAAGAUCCUAUUGAUCCAUUACAAACCAUUCUUAGCGUCAAGGGCACCAUGAAGUGCAAACUUUCUGAAAUGCUAACCAGGCACUCAACUGAGGACAGGCAUUCUCUAUCUUUAGUGGCUGAUUUGAAACGAGAAUCUCCAACCCAUACCGAUUCAAGAAGUGGCGUUAGACUGUCAUUUCUGGAUGCAGGAGAAGUUGUUGUGACUAUGGCAAACACCGGAUUUGAUGUUGUUUUAGUUAACACUGAUGAUAUAGCAUACAAGGGAACUUUAGACGAUUUAAAAACAUCAAUUUGUGCGGCACAUGCCAUUGGUAAUAGAAGUCGUCCGGCUGUGGUCAUGAAAGACAUAAUUUUACAUCCUUUGCAAUUAGCUCAAGCGGCACAACUUCAUGCAGAUGGUGUAGUACUCAACUCAUUUUAUUUGGGUCCUGCGCUGGAAUCCAUGAUAGACACUUCCUACAAUUUGGGCAUUGAGCCAAUUGUGGAAGUGCAUACGCUGGAGGAUGCUUUAUAUGCCAUACAGCUGCACACAAAAAUACUGAUGAUUAACCAGUGGGAUAGAUUAACGAACAAAUGCCACCCAAAUCGUGCAUUGCAGAUUAGGGAAAUAGUGCCAGACGGCAUAAUUACCAUUGCAUGCGGCGGAAUUAAAACACUAGAACAAAUUGAGCAAUUGGGAUUGGCAGGUUAUGACGCAGUUGUUCUUGGUAAAAAAUUGGCUGAUACAAACAUACCAAGUUUUGUAGGAUCGAUUAAAAAGUGGAACGCUCCUGGGAAGGGAAUUUUGGCCAUUAGUAAGCCCCUAUUUUUCACGGACGAAAUGGAUGAAAAGGAUGUCUCUGGCGGUGGACACGUGAUAAGAAUGAAGCAAAACUACCGGCAGACUCUGCAAGAGAUGUGCGAAUUUUACCAGAUUGCAGAAAACAAUUGUGUUGAAGCGCCUAGGCCCAAAGAUGUACUGUUGAGAUUCAUUGGUAAUGACAUGCCAGAGAAAUGGAUUUUCAAGCGUGAGAAAUGGAUGAAAGAUCAUGCCCAUGAAUACCCAAGUGAGGAUCAUGCUACUGCUGUAUAUGAUUUCAAUUUGGCCGUAGAAUUAAACACGACGCUGGAAUGUAAUAAGAAGCUUCUAUCGCAACAUUUUAAAAGAGAAAUGGUUGAUAAACUGGAAGAGGCCAUUAAAAACUAUGUAAAAAAAUGUUAUAUCAAUUUGAAACGAUUUACGAAUAAAAUUUCUUGCAGUUAA